CGGAGUCUAGACCUUCUGCCGUCAGUGGUCGGUUUGGCUACGCGACACUAGGCUCUCCAUGACCUUCCUGACGUGAAGCACGUCUCGUGUUCUCUAUUCUCAAUGUUGGCGUGUGAGAGAUGGCGAAAGAAUCAAGAUAAACGACUCCUCCGAUUCUGCUUUUUGCCAAAGCCACUUUACUGGGAGCAAUGGUGAAGUAUUUCAACUGUGCAGCCUCUCUUAAAGGCACAUGGGACCAAGUUUCUCAAGCGUUCUGGCAAAAAUACCCAAAUCCGUACAGUAACCAUGUGUUGACAGAAGACAUCAUCUUUCGGGAGGUUACUCCUGAAAAUUGCCUCAUUUCCCGUCGACUCUUGACCAAAACCAGCCGGGUGCCACGUUGGGCAGAAAAGUUUUUGCCCAGCCACAUGGCAAGCAAGGCCUACAUCAUUGAGGACUCUGUAGUGGAUCCUCAGAAAAGGACCAUGGUCACUUUCACCUGGAACAUCAGCCACGCACGUCUCUUGUCUGUUCAGGAGCGUUGUGUGUACACAGUCAGUCAUGACAACAGCAACCUAACCGAAGUCAAGAGAGAAGCAUGGAUCUCCUCCAACCUUUAUGGCUUUUCCAGAGCUGUUCAGGAAUUUGGUCUUGCCCGGUUUAAGAGCAGUGUAGUAAAGACCAUGAAAGGAUUUGAAUACGUCUUGGCGAAAAUGCAAGGUGAAAUGCCCACAAGGACACUGGCAGAGACGGCAACAGAGAAGGCUCGAGAGACAGCACUUGCUGCUAAAGAGAAGGCUAAAGGCCUGGCCUCUCACGCGCAGAAAAAACAAUAUGUAUGAUGAUGAUGGGGGGCACCAUCUUUUUAAGCUUGUGCCUGUUUUCUAUUGUACCCAUUCCCUCAGUUAUCUGAUUCAAUUGUGAAUACAUGAUUCUUUCAUGGCUCACACAGUCAGUAUUUUCAUACAGUAUGGCUGGCUAUGUUCAAAUAGGAAGCAGAAAUAAACAUUUUUAGGGUAUUCUAUAUUGGUGGGAAACGGAAAAUCUGACGCACAUACAGUUAAGGCCACAAUUGUAUUGGUUCAGAUUUAAGGGCAUGUAUAAGGGACUGGUACUAGAAUGGUACUCUGGUACUCUGGAAGGAAAGAAGCAUACUGUGUUGCAUUACAUACAGCAGGUGUAGUAGUGACUGAAGAGCAUGCUGCAGUAAUAACAGCAUGAAGCACCCUAGUUCGAUUUUCGUUUCUGUGUUGAAUAUAUGACAGGACAUUGCUGUUAUAUAAAAUGUGAUCUUUAAUGUCCCUUUCCUCCUACAUAAAUGCUAUUUGUAUUGUCAUUUUUCAAGAGCAGAAAAUUAGUCAAAUGUUUUAGAGAAAAUGUGCAGGUCUGGAAGAAACAUGUGAUUUGGCUUACUUGUGGACUAUGGAUAUUUAGUCUAAAAUUUAAAGAAAUACUGUAUGAACAUAGUGUAUGUGUUUAUGAUACUAUCCUAAUUUACAAGGUUUUGUAAAAUCCUUUUGUUAACUUUUUUUUUAUUUGUUAAUUAUGGUUAAUGAACAAAUCCUCUCACGAAUUCAGAUUCACUGUGCUCUCAGUUUUAAAAAUCGUCUCUCUGUUUUGUUGUAUAUGAUUUCCUUGCUUCAAAUUGAAGUGAUACGAGUGUUGUUGGGGUCCACAUUACAACCGAUCAUUGCCAGUGUGCUGCACAACUUAAAAUUAAUUUAAAAAUAAAAAGCAACGCAGACAAGAUUGCAGCAGAUGGUAAUUUCUGGGUCUAUGCUUGAAUCUUAGUGUUUAAAGGUAUAUUCACUGAGAAACAAAUCAUGAAAUAUAAAGUAAAUACUGUUAAUGUUGAAUCUGCUGAGCUCUUAAAUCUGUGGCAUUUGCUUACUGUUAAUAAAGUUUUUUUUUAAUCAGA